AUGGGUUAUGCUUUUGGAGGUAGUUUCAACAAGAUUACACCAAAUCAAGGUUUUGAGAUUUUGGAGGCUAUGUUAAAGGAUCAUACGAGCAUGGAUGAUCAAAGGUUUUUGACGAAUGAGAGUCGGUUUAAAAAAGGUACUAAGGAAAGGAAAGUUGCAAGGGCCGAGGCUAGCAACAAUUCUGGAGUUAUUAAAGAGAUUCAGGCCUUAUCUGCUCGUAUGGAUAAGGGAUUUGCAGCUCAGGAGUCUCGGUUUGGGUAUCUUGAACGGGAUGUGAAAGUACUUGCUGAUGGAUGUGAUCAUUGUGGUGAGACACAUUAUUCUGAGGAUUGUCCCAACCGGGGACCUGAAGAUGUCAACUUUGUGCAGAAUCAACAAGGAGGUUUCCAGCGCAACACCGGUUUUCAGAACCGGUCAUUAGGUAAUAACUCUUAUAACUCUUCUUUUCCUGCUAAUACUACUCGUUUUUCAGGUAACAGGUGGCAAAGGAAUAAUUAUCAAAGUCAGUCACAGCAGCAGGAGACUCAACAAAGCCAAGGAUCAGGUUCGUCCUGUUCUACUACCAAUCCUAAUGCCGAGUUGAGAGAAAUGAUGAAGCAGUUGAUGAGUAAUCAAGUGGAGACAAACACUAGUAUUCAGAAUAUCCGGGAGGAUACUAGGGAGUUGAGUGAGAGGCUGGACAAGAUCAAUGGUAAAGUGGACAUGAAUGCUAAGAAUCAGGAUAUCAACUUCAAGGAUCUUGAGAGUAGGAUGGCUGCUAUCACUAAGCCCCAGGGUGCUUUGCCUAGUAACACUCAGCAGAAUCCAAAGCAGAAUCAAGGUCCUAACAAUGGACUGAAGUACACUCCACCUCCAAUUUGUCAAGAGCAUGUAAAGGCCAUUACUACCAGAACAGGGAAUGAAGAUGCUGAUGUUGAUGAGGAGAUUGAAAUGGAGGAUAGUCCAACUGUGAAGAAUCCGGUUACUCCACCGAAACCGGCUGUGAUACCCGAGGCUAAGCCAUACAAGCCCAAGGUUCCAUUUCCACAGCGGUUCAGAAAGGCGAAGUUGAAGGAACAGUAUGAUAAGUUUGUCAAUAUGAUUAAAAAUGUUCACAUUAAUGUUCCAUUGGUUGAUUUGAUUCAGGGAAUGCCCAACUAUGCCAAGUUUAUUAAGGAACUCGUGACGGACAAAGGAAAGAUUGAUGAGGUGAAGGCUACAUAUCUUAAUGCCGAGUGUUCUGCUAUCUUGCAGAACCAAAUUCCACCUAAGCUAGAGGAUCCAGGGAGUUUCCUUAUAACUUGUUCUAUUCGUUCUCUUACUUGUAAGGCACUUGCUGAUUUAGGUGAUAGCAUUAAUUUGAUGCCUUACUCUGUUUGGAGUAAGUUGGCUUUAAGAAUUUUGAGACCUACCCGUAUGAGUAUUAGAUUAGCUGACCAUGCUUUUCAGUAUCCCAUUGGGAUCGCUUAA